AUGCUCGGGGGAUUAAUUGGGUUGGUACGUCAUAAUGAAACAUGGGGUUCUGUCUGUGCAGACGGCUGGUCUAGAGAGUCUGCUAGCAUCCUCUGUAAACAGUUGGGCUUCUUCGAUGCCCUAACUGCCAUCACCCUGUCACCCUCUGAAGGGGAUCUGAUCUGGUUAAAUGGAAUCACCUGUUCUGGAUCCGAGACUGAGUUGGAUGAAUGUAUCUAUGAAGACUUUGGAACACCUGUUACGUGCGACAGCGGAGAAGUGGCUGCUGUUGUCUGUACUAUGGAGCAGCCAAUGGUUCGUCUAGUUGAUGGUGGAACUCCACUAGAGGGUAGAGUAGAGGUACGAAUCAACGGUGAAUGGGGAGAAGUCUGUAACUUCCUGUGGGACAUUGAGGAUGCCAACAUCCUCUGCGCUUAUUUAGAUUUCCCCUACGCCUUGGAGGCAUCCAAAGACAGGUUUCAACCAACUGGAGAAACUGGACCCAAUCUACUUGACUCUGUGACCUGUUUGGGAGAGGAGAAAUCAUUCUUUGACUGUAGCUUUAAGUACAAACCAACAGAAUGUGGAGGACAUGCUGGUGUGGUCUGCCAGUCACCUGCCAGAGAUGAAGUACAGGUCAGAUUAGCUGAAGGGCGUGGCUCGUUCCAAGGCAGGGUGGAGCUUCUUCACAACGAUGUCUGGGGCACAGUUUGCGACGAUGGCUGGGACUUGGAAGAUGCCCAUGUGAUCUGUCGCCAGCUCGGGUUCACCGGUGCUGGCGAGGCAGUCUUAGGGGGAGCAUUCGGUGAGGGGAAGGGGCCAAUCUUGUUGGAUGAAAUCGCUUGUCAAGGAACGGAGAGGGGCCUUGAGUAUUGCGGCCAUAAUGGUUGGGAGCAGAGUAAUUGUGACCAUAGUGAAGAUGCUGGUGUGGUCUGCCUGCAAGAGGGAGAUCUGGCUGUUCGUUUAACCGAUGGAGCAAGCCCUAACCAAGGCCUCGUUGAAGUACUCAUGGACAACGAAUGGAGAACGGUCUGUUUUGCAUAUUCCGGCUCUGCAGACGCUGAGGUGAUCUGCCGACAGCUGAAAUACUCCGGGGCUGUGUCUGCCCUCAAUGCUGAAGACAUGGGUAUAAUAACGCCAACGAACACCGAUGUGCUAACUCUGGUCUGUGCUGGUAGCGAGUACAAGAUACAAGAAUGCAAUACUUACUUUAAGAAUAGAUUCUCCUGUGCACCAGAGCUUACUGGCGCUGUUAUUUGCUCAGGGGAAAUUGUUGAUGACACUCCAGAUGUUCCUGUUCGUCUGGUGAAUGACGGCCCUGAACCCAGGACUGGAGAGGGCCGGGUUGAGAUCUACCAGGAUGGUGAAUGGGGCAGUAUCUGUGAUGGUGAUGAUUGGACACUAAGGGAGGCAACCGUUCUCUGCAAGCAGCUUGGAUUUAUUGCAGCCGUCAGGGGAGCAAAGUCGGAAGAAUACGGUGAUCCGACUACAGGGCCUUUUUGGAUGUCCGCAAUCAGUUGUGACGGCACAGAGGACAAGAUAAAUGACUGUCGCCAGGAAUCGUGGGCCAGUAAUUGCCCACUUGAAAACAACAUUCCUGCUACGGCUAUCUGCAUUACAGAACCACUGGACAUUCGUCUGGUUGGUGGUUUGACAAAGUACGAAGGCACUGUGGAGGUCUACUUCAGGGGUGAGUGGGGGUCUAUCUGUGAUGAUCUGUGGGGCAUAGAAGAUGCUAAAGUCGUCUGUCGACAGCUUCACCUUGGUGAAGCUGUGUCUGCUAAGACUCGGGCGUACUUCGGGAGAAGCGAGCUUGAACCGAUCCAUUUUGAUGAUGUUGAGUGUCAGGGAGAGGAGUCUACUUUAUCCGAGUGCCUCAUGGAUGCCCUUCAGAUCUGCAACCACUUAGAGGACGCAGGAGUCGUGUGCAGUGGACACGAUACAGAACCUGAAGUACAUAUUCGUUUAUCCGGCGGUGAUGACACCACUGAAGGACGUGUGGAAGUCUACAGUGAAGGGAAGUGGGGAACAGUUUGCGACGACGGCUUUGACAUAAGUGACGCGGAGGUUGUCUGUAGGCAGCUUGGUUUCCCCGGUGCCCUACGUAUCUCUAGUCAGUUGGAGUUUGGUAAGGGUAAUGGCCCAAUACUGCUGGACGAGGUACAGUGUGAGGGAACCGAGGAACGUCUACUGGAUUGUGAAUCGGCCGUUGCGAAUGAUAUCAACUGCGUACAUGAGGAGGAUAUUGGAGUGGUCUGCCGAACGGAAGAAGAGACUGGACCAGAGACCUUCAUACGUCUUGCUGACGGAGGGGCAGAUAACCUUGGCCGUGUUGAAGUCUACGCUGAUGACACCUGGGGAUGGGUGUGUAGCCUAAAGUGGGAUAAGAUCGAUGCAGACAUAGCGUGCAUGGAGCUUGGGUUCACCCAAGGGGCGUACAGAGUAUCAGAAGAAGGCGACUUCGGUGAGGGUAUAGGACCCCUACUCAUGGAACAGGUUCAUUGCAGAGGAGGUGAAAGAAGAUUGACUAAUUGUGAACAUUUGCGGUAUACGUCGGCAAAUUGUGGGAGUGGUUUCGCAGCCGGCGUGGUGUGUAGACCAAACACAGAGCCCGAGAUGCCCAUCCGCUUAGCUGGUGCCCAGUCGGAAAAUACUGGCCGUGUUGAAAUCUACCACGAAGGCCUGUGGGGAACCAUCUGUGAUGAUUCUUGGGACCAAGUUGACGCAGACGUUGUAUGCAGACAGUUGGGAUUUAGCCAAGGGGCUGUCAGGGCUGCUGUGCAAGCUGAGUUCGGAGCAGGCAUCAACACAAUCCUGCUGACCGAUGUGAACUGUUAUGGGUCUGAGCAGACUCUGGAAGAUUGCAAGAAGUCAGAGUGGGGAGAGAAUAGUUGUGAGCACAGCCAGGAUUCUGGAGUUGUAUGCAUCAAUCAACUGGGACCUGAUGAACCAAGUGUGCGCUUGGUGAGUAAGGGGGAACGAACCAAUGCUGGUUAUGUAGAGAUUUACCAUGAUGGAGAGUGGGGUACCAUCUGUGAUGAUGACUGGGACUUAAUGGAUGGGGAUGUGGUUUGCAAGCAGCUUGGGUUUGAGCAUGGUGCUCACUCAGUUAUCGACAGAGCGGGACUCGGUGAAGGAAUGGGUCCAAUCAUGCUAAGCAGCAUCAACUGUGGGACUGAGGAGACGAUGUUGGAAGAUUGUCCAAACAGUGGAUGGAAGACUCACUCCUGCAGCCAUAUUGAAGAUGCGGGCGUGAUUUGCCGAACAGAUCCAGAACCAGAGAUUCCUGUUCGUCUAGUUGGGGGUGCCGUGCCCAAUGAUGGUCGAGUUGAGCUGUACUACGAGGGAGAGUGGGGAACCAUCUGCAACGACGGUUGGGACAUCGACGAUGCCAAUGUUGUCUGCCAGCAACUUGGUUACCCCGGUGCUGAGAGGAUCUCAGAUGGAGAGUUCGGGCCCGGUACUGGAACCAUAUUACUGGAUGAGGUGGCUUGUGAUGGGACUGAAACCUCAUUGGAGAACUGCGGUCACGACGAGUGGAGAGUUACAAACUGUGUUCACUCUGAGGAUGCUGGGGUCCUCUGUAGACAAGAAAGUAUUGAUAGUGGUAAUGUCCGUCUUGUUGGUGGUUCCUCUAGUGCAAGUGGACGUGUUGAGAUCUAUCAUCAAGGACAAUGGGGGACCAUUUGUGAUGAUGAGUGGAACCUGGAUGAGGGAUAUGCUGUCUGCAUCCAGCUUGGAUUCUAUGGAGUGACCAGGGUGAUGGGGGAAGGGGAGUUUGGUCCUGGUGAUGAAAACAGCCCAAUCAUUGAAGCUGUGGAUUGUGACGGCACACAGACUACACUUGAAGACUGCCAGAUCAUAGGCUGGGGAACGACAACCUGUCAUCGUCAGGAUGCUGGUGUGGAGUGUCUGACAGAGCCACCACCAGAGGUUCCUGUACGACUCGUUGGUGGUUUGAGUCCAGCGUCUGGCCGACUGGAAGUCUUCAGAGAUGCCAUUUGGGGGACGGUGUGCCGUGACUUCAUCGACGAGACUGAUGCCACAUUGGUUUGCAAACAGCUUGGUUUCCCUGGACUCCUAAGUAUUGAAGGAAUUGAGGCUUAUGGCCAAGGGGACUUUGGGAUGCCUAUUUGGGCAGAGAUGCGCUGCACUGGAACUGAGCUCUCUGUAGAGGAAUGCACAUGGGGUGACAAUUUAGGAGUUACUGGCUGUAACCAUACCAAGGAUACUGGUAUCAAAUGCCAAACAGAGGAAAGAACUGUAUCUGAUAAUGUUAGACUGGUUGGAGAUGAACCUAACCUGGGGCGUGUUGAGGUCCGCAUUGAUGGGGUAGAAUGGGGAACCGUCUGUGAUGACUUGUGGAACCUUGAUGAUGCUGAGGUGGUGUGUCGAGAGCUUGGUUUUACCAAUGGAGCUGUACGUGCUGCAGUUGAAGCUGAGUUUGGCCAAGGUACAGGUUUAAGGAUUCUUAUGGAUGAUGUUGAGUGUACCGGUUCAGAGAUGUCAAUUCUUAACUGCAUCUUUUCUGGGGAGGAGAGUCAGAACUGUGGGCACUCUGAAGAUGCUGGUGUUGUCUGCCGGAUAGAUGAAGUGCCAGAUGUAACUGUACGCCUUGUUGGAAGUGAGAACAGUUACGAGGGUCGUGUUGAAGUCUUCUAUGAAGGUGAAUGGGGAACAGUUUGUGAUGACUAUUGGGACAUCACCGAUGCUAAUGUCGUCUGUAAGCAACUGGGCUUCUCUGGGGCUUCUAAUGCUUCUUUAGGAUCUGGCUUUGGGGAAGGAGUGGGAGCAAUUCUCCUUGAUGAUGUACAAUGUACAGGCAAUGAAGAAAGACUUGAAGACUGUCCCAGUGGAGGUUGGAGAGAAGAAAACUGCGAGCAUUCGGAAGAUGCUGGAGUCAUCUGCAUUGCGGAACCUGCACAAGUUGUAAGACUCAUUGGACCGGAAGCCCACAUUGGACGCGUUGAGGUUCGUAUUGAUGGGAGUGACUGGGGAAGCAUCUGUGAUUCCGAAUGGGAGUACGAGGACGCUAACGUGGUUUGCAAACAGCUUGGUUUUACCAGCGGAGCUGCGCAUGCCAUAGGGGGAGAUAGAUUCGGCGAAGCUACCGGCGAUAUACUGAUGUCUAGUGUUCAAUGUACGGGUUCCGAGACAGCAAUAAUAGACUGCCCUCGUGCUGCUGAGGGCGAAAGGAACUGCGGCCGCAGUGAAUUAGUUGGUGUUAUCUGCUGGAUGAAUGAAGUGCCAGAUGUAAAAGUACGCCUUGUUGGAAGCGAGAACAGUAACGAGGGUCGUGUUGAAGUCUUCUACGAAGCUCAAUGGGGAACAGUUUGUGAUGACCGUUGGGACAGUACCGAUGCUGAUGUCGUCUGUAGGCAGCUAGGCUUCUCUGGGGCUACUGAUAUUUCUGUAGAAGCUGGCUUUGGGGAAGGAGUGGGAGCAAUUCUUCUAGAUGAAGUAGGUUGUACAGGAGAUGAAGAAAGACUUGAGGACUGUCCCAGUGGAGGUUGGGGAGUAGAAAACUGCAACCAUUAUGAGGAUGCUGGAGUCAUCUGUGCUGCUGAAGUCCUUGGUGGUGAUGGUGAUCAAGUGACAUCCACAAUCCGCCUGGCUGGUGGCCCAAAUGAAAAUAACGGCCGUGUUGAAAUCUACCGAGAAGGUGAAUGGGGGACCAUCUGUGAUGAUCAAUGGGGUCGUAGUGAGGCGAGGGUCGCUUGUAAACAGCUUGGAUUCACCGGAGUGGAGCGAGUCGGAGAGUUUAAGGAGUUUGCAGACACUAGCCUUGUAGGUGUCCCCAUUCUGUAUAGUGUGGAUUGUGUUGGAAUUGAAGGCUCACUAGACUAUUGUGAAAGUACUGAUUGGGGAACAACAAGGUGUACUCAUGCUGAGGAUGCUGGUGUGGUCUGCCAGACAGAACCAUCACCCGAGGUAGGGGUGCGUCUUGUCGGUGGUUCAAGUCCAGAGUCUGGUCGAGUUGAGGUUUAUAAUGACGGUGAAUGGGGAACAAUCUGUGACAAUAUCUGGGACCCAGCACAUGGAGCUCUGGUGUGCAGAGAACUCGGCUACAGUGAACUCUACAGUAAUGAUGGCAUAGCGGAGUAUGGACAAGGAGAAGGUCCUAUUCUUGCUGGUGUAAUAUGUACUGGAUAUGAAGCAAAGCUAAAGGACUGUGGUUGGGGACUGUGGGAUACCCUUGCUUGUACUCACUCUGAAGAUGUAGGAAUAACUUGUCAAACAGGUGCAGCCGGUGGUGGUGGUGAAGGCGAUGAAACAGAUACACCUACAGAAGAAACCUCCCCUACAGAAGCAACCUCAACUGGUGAUGUCAGACUCGUUGGAUCAGUUCCAAACGCUGGGCGUGUUGAGGUCCGCAUUGAUGGGGGUGAAUGGGGAACCGUCUGUGAUGACUUGUGGGACCUUAAUGAUGCUAAUGUGGUGUGUAGACAACUUGGUUUUACAAGUGGAGCAUUCAGGGCUGCAUUUAGUGCUGAGUUUGGUGAAGGCGAAGGUUUGAUUCUCUUGGAUGAUGUUGAAUGUACUGGUUCUGAGACGACAAUUGCAGACUGCUCAAGCUUAGGACCUGGAGAAGGGAACUGUGGUCACUCUGAAGAUGCUGGGGUUGUCUGCCGAUCGGAUGAAAUGCCAGAUGUAUUUGUACGCCUUGUUGGAAGUGAGAACAGUUACGAGGGUCGUGUUGAAGUCUUCUAUGAAGGUGAAUGGGGAACAGUUUGUGAUGACUAUUGGGACAUCACCGAUGCUAAUGUUGUCUGUAGGCAACUGGGCUUCUCUGGGGCUUCCGAUGUUUCUAUAGAAGCUGGCUUUGGGGAAGGAGUGGGAGCAACUCUCCUUGAUGAUGUACAAUGUACAGGCAAUGAAGAAAGACUUGAAGACUGUCCCAGUGGAGGUUGGAGAGAUGAAAACUGUGGACAUUCGGAGGAUGCCGGAGUCAUCUGCAUUGAAGCUGGUGGUGGUGAAGGUGUUGAUGGUGGUGGAGGUGUUGAUGGUGGUGAGAUGAUAACCACACUCCGCCUGGCUGGUGGUCCAAAUGAAAAUAGCGGCCGUGUUGAAAUCUACCGAGAAGGUGAAUGGGGGACCAUCUGUGAUGAUGAAUGGGGUCGUAGUGAGGCGAGGGUGGCUUGUGAACAGCUUGGAUUCAGCGGAGUAGAGCGAAUUGGAGACUUGGGAGAGUUUGCAGACGUUAGUAGCUUUGGUAGCCCCAUUCUGUAUAGUGUGGAUUGUGUUGGAAUUGAAGGCUCACUUGACUAUUGUGUAAGUAAUGAUUGGGGAACAACAAGGUGUACUCAUGCUGAGGAUGCUGGGGUUGUCUGUCAAACAGAACCACUACCUGAGGUAGGGGUGCGUCUUGUCGGUGGUUCAAGUCCAGAGUCUGGUCGAGUUGAGGUUUUUAAUGACGGUGAAUGGGGAACCAUCUGUGACAAUAUCUGGGAACCAGCAGAUGCAGCUGUGGUGUGCAGAGAACUCGGCUACAGUGAACUCUACAGUAAUGAUGGCAUAGCGGAGUAUGGACAAGGAGAAGGUCCUAUUCUUGCUGGUGUAAUAUGUACUGGAAACGAAGCAAAGCUAAAGGACUGUGGUUGGGGACUGUGGGAUACCCUUGCUUGUACUCACUCUGAAGAUGUAGGAAUAACUUGUCAAACAGAUACACCUACAGAAGAAACAUCCUCUACAGAAGCAACCUCAACUGGUGAUGUCAGACUCGUUGGAUCAGUUCCAAACGCUGGGCGUGUUGAGGUCCGCAUUGAUGGGGGUGAAUGGGGAACCGUCUGUGAUGACUUGUGGGACCUUAAUGAUGCUAAUGUGGUGUGCAGACAACUUGGUUUUACAAGUGGAGCAUUAAGGGCUGCAUCUAGUGCUGAGUUUGGUGAAGGCGAAGGUUUGAUUCUCUUGGAUGAUGUUCAAUGCACUGGUUCUGAGACGACAAUUGCAGACUGCUCAAGCUUAGGACCUGGAGAAGGGAACUGUGGUCACUCUGAAGAUGCUGGGGUUGUCUGCCGAUCAGAUGAAGUGCCAGAUGUAUCUGUACGCCUUGUUGGAAGCAAGAACAGCAACGAGGGUCGUGUUGAAGUCUUCUAUGAAGGUGAAUGGGGAACAGUUUGUGAUGACUAUUGGGACAUCACCGAUGCUAAUGUCGUCUGUAGGCAACUGGGCUUCUCUGGGGCUUCCGAUGUUUCUAUAGAAGCUGGCUUUGGGGAAGGAGUGGGAGCAACUCUCCUUGAUGAUGUACAAUGUACAGGAGAUGAAGAAAGACUUGAAGACUGUCCCAGUGGAGGUUGGAGAGAAGAAAACUGUGGACAUUCGGAGGAUGCCGGAGUCAUCUGCCAAGCAGAAGAAACCCCCUCAGAAGAAACCUCCUCUACAGAAGCAACCUCAACUGGUGAUGUCAGACUCGUUGGAUCAGUUCCAAACGCUGGGCGUGUUGAGGUCCGCAUUGAUGGGGGUGAAUGGGGAACCGUCUGUGAUGACUUGUGGGACCUUAAUGAUGCUAAUGUGGUGUGCAGACAACUUGGUUUUACAAGUGGAGCAUUAAGGGCUGCAUCUAGUGCUGAGUUUGGUGAAGGCGAAGGUUUGAUUCUCUUGGAUGAUGUUGAAUGUACUGGUUCUGAGACGACAAUUGCAGACUGCUCAAGCUUAGGACCUGGAGAAGGGAACUGUGGUCACUCUGAAGAUGCUGGGGUUGUCUGCCGAUCAGAUGAAGUGCCAGAUGUAUCUGUACGCCUUGUUGGAAGCGAGAACAGCAACGAGGGUCGCGUUGAAGUCUUCUAUGAAGGUGAAUGGGGAACAGUUUGUGAUGACUAUUGGGACAUCACCGAUGCUAAUGUCGUCUGUAGGCAACUGGGCUUCUCUGGGGCUUCCGAUGUUUCUAUAGAAGCUGGCUUUGGGGAAGGAGUGGGAGCAACUCUCCUUGAUGAUGUACAAUGUACAGGCAAUGAAGAAAGACUUGAAGACUGUCCCAGUGGAGGUUGGAGAGAAGAAAACUGUGGACAUUCGGAGGAUGCCGGAGUCAUCUGCCAAGCAGAAGAAACCCCGUCAGAAGAAACCUCCUCUACAGAUACAACCUCAACUGGUGAUGUCAGACUCGUUGGAUCAGUUCCAAACGCUGGGCGUGUUGAGGUCCGCAUUGAUGGGGGUGAAUGGGGAACCGUCUGUGAUGACUUGUGGGACCUUAAUGAUGCUAAUGUGGUGUGUAGACAACUUGGUUUUACAAGUGGAGCAUUAAGGGCUGCAUCUAGUGCUGAGUUUGGUGAAGGCGAAGGUUUGAUUCUCUUGGAUGAUGUUCAAUGCACUGGUUCUGAGACGACAAUUGCAGACUGCUCAAGCUUAGGACCUGGAGAAGGGAACUGUGGUCACUCUGAAGAUGCUGGGGUUGUCUGCCGAUCAGAUGAAGUGCCAGAUGUAACUGUACGCCUUGUUGGAAGCGAGAACAGCAACGAGGGUCGUGUUGAAGUCUUCUAUGAAGGUGAAUGGGGAACAGUUUGUGAUGACUAUUGGGACAUCACCGAUGCUAAUGUCGUCUGUAGGCAACUGGGCUUCUCUGGGGCUUCCGAUGUUUCUAUAGAAGCUGGCUUUGGGGAAGGAGUGGGAGCAACUCUCCUUGAUGAUGUACAAUGUACAGGAGAUGAAGAAAGACUUGAAGACUGUCCCAGUGGAGGUUGGAGAGAAGAAAACUGUGGACAUUCGGAGGAUGCCGGAGUCAUCUGCCAAGCAGAAGAAACCCCCUCAGAAGAAACCUCCUCUACAGAAGCAACCUCAACUGGUGAUGUCAGACUCGUUGGAUCAGUUCCAAACGCUGGGCGUGUUGAGGUCCGCAUUGAUGGGAGUGAAUGGGGAACCGUCUGUGAUGACUUGUGGGACCUUAAUGAUGCUAAUGUGGUGUGUAGACAACUUGGUUUUACAAGUGGAGCAUUAAGGGCUGCAUCUAGUGCUGAGUUUGGUGAAGGCGAAGGUUUGAUUCUCUUGGAUGAUGUUGAAUGUACUGGUUCUGAGACGACAAUUGCAGACUGCUCAAGCUUAGGACCUGGAGAAGGGAACUGUGGUCACUCUGAAGAUGCUGGGGUUGUCUGCCGAUCAGAUGAAGUGCCAGAUGUAUCUGUACGCCUUGUUGGAAGCGAGAACAGUUACGAGGGUCGUGUUGAAGUCUUCUAUGAAGGUGAAUGGGGAACAGUUUGUGAUGACGUUUGGGACAUCACCGAUGCUAAUGUCGUCUGUAGGCAACUGGGCUUCUCUGGGGCUUCCGAUGUUUCUAUAGAAGCUGGCUUUGGGGAAGGAGUGGGAGCAACUCUCCUUGAUGAUGUACAAUGUACAGGCAAUGAAGAAAGACUUGAAGACUGUCCCAGUGGAGGUUGGAGAGAAGAAAACUGUGGACAUUCGGAGGAUGCCGGAGUCAUCUGCCAAGCAGAAGAAACCCCCUCAGAAGAAACCUCCUCUACAGAUACAACCUCAACUGGUGAUGUCAGACUCGUUGGAUCAGUUCCAAACGCUGGGCGUGUUGAGGUCCGGAUUGAUGGGGGUGAAUGGGGAACCGUCUGUGAUGACUUGUGGGACCUUAAUGAUGCUAAUGUGGUGUGCAGACAACUUGGUUUUACAAGUGGAGCAUUAAGGGCUGCAUCUAGUGCUGAGUUUGGUGAAGGCGAAGGUUUGAUUCUCUUGGAUGAUGUUCAAUGCACUGGUUCUGAGACGACAAUUGCAGACUGCUCAAGCUUAGGACCUGGAGAAGGGAACUGUGGUCACUCUGAAGAUGCUGGGGUUGUCUGCCGAUCAGAUGAAGUGCCAGAUGUAUCUGUACGCCUUGUUGGAAGCGAGAACAGUAAUGAGGGUCGUGUUGAAGUCUUCUAUGAAGGUGAAUGGGGAACAGUUUGUGAUGACUAUUGGGACAUCACCGAUGCUAAUGUCGUCUGUAGGCAACUGGGCUUCUCUGGGGCUUCAGAUGUUUCUAUAGAAGCUGGCUUUGGGGAAGGAGUGGGAGCAACUCUCCUUGAUGAUGUACAAUGUACAGGCAAUGAAGAAAGACUUGAAGACUGUCCCAGUGGAGGUUGGAGAGAUGAAAACUGUGGACAUUCGGAGGAUGCCGGAGUCAUCUGCAUUGAAGCUGCUGGUGGUGGUGAAGGUGUUGAUGGUGGUGAGAUGAUAACCACACUCCGCCUGGCUGGUGGUCCAAAUGAAAAUAGCGGCCGUGUUGAAAUCUACCGAGAAGGUGAAUGGGGGACCAUCUGUGAUGAUGAAUGGGGUCGUAGUGAGGCGAGGGUCGCCUGUGAACAGCUUGGAUUCAGCGGAGUAGAGCGAAUUGGAGACAUGGGCGAGUUUGCAGUUGUUAGUAGCGCAGGUGUCCCCAUCCUGUAUAGUGUGGAUUGUGUUGGAAUUGAAGGCUCACUAGACUAUUGUGAAAGUACUGAUUGGGGAACAACGAGGUGUACUCAUGCUGAGGAUGCUGGGGUUGUCUGUCAAACAGAACCACUACCUGAGGUAGGGGUGCGUCUUGUUGGUGGUUCAAGUCCAGAGUCUGGUCGAGUUGAGGUUUUUAAUGACGGUGAAUGGGGAACAAUCUGUGACAAUAUCUGGGACCCAGCAGAUGGAGCUGUGGUGUGCAGAGAACUCGGCUACAGUGAACUCUACAGAAAUGAUGGCAUAGCGGAGUAUGGACAAGGAGAAGGUCCUAUUCUUGCUGGUGUAAUAUGUACUGGAAAUGAAGCAAAGCUAAAAGACUGUGGUUGGGGACUGUGGGAUACCCUUGCUUGUACUCACUCUGAAGAUGUAGGAAUAACUUGUCAAACAGGUGAAGCCGGUGGUGGUGGUGGUGGUGAAACCGUUGUUGGUGGUGUUGAUGGUAAUGAAUUGACAUCCAGAAUCCGCCUGGUUGAUGGACCAACAGAGAAUAGCGGCCGUGUUGAAAUCUACCGGGAAGGUGAAUGGGGGACCAUUUGCGAUGAUCAAUGGGAAGAAGAUGAAGCGAUCGUUGCUUGCAGACAACUUGGAUUCUUUGGACUGGGUCGACUUGCAGCAGUAAAUGAGUUUGGGGGAGUAAGCACAGACAGCCCCAUUCUGUAUGCUGUGGAUUGUUCUGGCUCACAGAGCAGUUUAGAGGAAUGUGAGUUUGGAGAGUGGGAUACGGGAAGGUGUACCCAUAGAGAAGAUGUUAGUGUGGUCUGCCAAACAGAGUCAACAGGCCCAGACAAUGCUGUUGUGAGGCUUGUCGGUGGAUCAGACUCUGCUGGACGUGUUGAAGUCCGAGCUAAUGGCAGUGAGUGGGGAACAGUCUGCGAUGACUACUGGGAUCAAGACGACGCUGAUGUGGUUUGCAGACAGCUUGGUUUCAAUGGAGCAGUGAGGACUGUAGCGUUCUCGGAAUUUGGCCAAGGUUUUGGAGAUAUUCUGUUGGAUGAUGUUGAGUGUGUGGGUACGGAGUCAGCAAUCGCAGACUGCCCCCACGCAGGAUGGGGAGUUAGCAACUGUGCUCACUCUGAAGACGUUGGUGUUAUCUGUAUGUUGAAUGAAGUGCCUGAAGUGACAGUGCGACUGGUGGGUAGCGAGAACAGUAACGAGGGUCGCGUUGAAGUCUUCAAUCAAGGUGAAUGGGGAACAGUUUGUGAUGACUAUUGGGACAUCACCGAUGCUUAUGUCGUCUGUAGACAACUGGGCUUCUCUGGGAUUUCCGAUGUUUCUUUAAGAGCUGGCUUUGGGGCAGGGACAGGACAAAUUUUCCUUGAUGAUGUACAAUGUAUAGGAGAUGAAGAAAGACUUGAAGACUGUCCCAGUAACGGUUGGGGUGAGGAAAACUGCGACCACUCGGAGGAUGCUGGAGUCAUCUGUAACACCCAGUCCGUUGCUUUUGAAGUGAGACUUGCUGGACAAUCGGAGCCUAACCUUGGUCGAGUUGAAGUCCGCAGGGGAGACGGUGAAUGGGGAACUGUCUGUGAUGAUCUAUGGGAUCAAACUGAAGCUAACAUAGUUUGCCGACAGCUUGGUUUUAGCAACGGAGCAGUCAGGGUGGCAGCUGAUGCUGAGUUUGGGGAAGGUGAAGGAAACAUUUAUUUGGAUGAUGUUGACUGUGAAGGAACAGAGACAUCAAUUGAAGACUGCCCGAACGCAGGAUGGGGAACUAAUAACUGCGGACACUCUGAAGAUGUUGGUGUUGUCUGUGCAACUGAUGACAUGGUACAAGAGCCUGGUGUGACAUUGCGUCUUGUUGGAAGCGUAAACAGUUACGAGGGUCGUGUUGAAGUCUUCUAUGAAGGUGAAUGGGGAACAGUUUGUGAUGACUAUUGGGACAUCGCCGAGGCUAUUGUCGUCUGUCGCCAACUGGGCUUCUCUGGGGCUUCUGAUGUUUCUAUAGAAGCUGGCUUCGGGGAAGGAGUGGGAGCAAUUCUCCUUGAUAAUUUACAAUGUACAGGAGAUGAAGAACGACUUGAAGACUGUCCCAGUAACGGUUGGAGAGAAGAAAACUGUAGUCAUCAGGAGGAUGCUGGAGUCAUCUGCAUUGAACAUCCGCAGGCAAUGCUUACAGUACGACUUGCUGAUGGCCCUUUACCCAACAUGGGACGUUUGGAAAUAUUUAAGAACGAUACAUGGGGAACCGUCUGCGAUGAUCUGUGGGGUCAAACAGAUGCUGACGUGGUUUGUAAACAGCUUGGAUAUACCAAGGGAGCCGUACGCACAAGUGUGUUAGCAGAGUUUGGACAAGGUACCGGUGAGAUAUUACUUGAUGAUGUUGGCUGCCAGGGCUUGGAGUCGAGGAUUGAAGAAUGCCCAAGUGCAGAAUAUUCUGCGAUUAACUGCAAUCAUGCGGAGGACGCUGGUGUGGCUUGUAGACUCAAUGAAGAGCCUGAGGUGGUAGUACGACUUGUUGGUGGCAGUGAGCUAGAGGGACGUGUCGAGGCUUUCAAUGGAGCUGAGUGGGGUACAGUCUGUGAUGAUAGCUGGGACCAGACUGAUGCUGAUGUGGUGUGUAGACAGCUCGGCUUCACUAACGGAGCAGAACGAGCUACAGUUGCAGCUGAGUUUGGACAAGGCGCUGGGAGUGUGGUAAUGGAUGACGUUGCAUGCUCAGGAUCCGAGAUGACAUUAGCGGAGUGUUCGGGAGUAGAGGCAUCGGGAAUCAAUUGUGACCAUAGUGAAGAUGCUGGGGUUGUCUGCCUGCCCAAUGCAGAAUCACCAGAGUCUGAUUUGAUGUUACGCCUCGUUGGAAGCUCAAACACGUACGAGGGACGAGUAGAAAUCAUCAAUGGUGGUGAAUGGGGAACCAUCUGUGAUGAUUUGUGGGAUAAAGCUGAUGCCGAUGUGGUUUGCAAACAGCUUGGUUUCGCUAAUGGAGCUGUGCGACAUUCUAAGUCUGCUGAGUUUGGUGAAGGGGAUGGAUUGAUUCUACUUGAUGAUGUGGAAUGUACUGGUACAGAGACUACCAUUAUGGACUGUAUUAGCUCUGGAUGGGGAGUUAACAACUGUGGGCACUCUGAGGAUGCUGGAGUCAUCUGCCAUUCAAGCCAGGAUGAGCCAGAAGGUGGAGAUUCACCCGAUUCAGUGACCUUACGAUUGGCCAAUAUGGAAGGUGUCGAUGUAGUAACUGGUAGGCUGGAGAUAUUGCAUGAUGACCAAUGGGGCACUAUUUGUGAUGACUCUUGGAGUGUUAUCAACGCUAGGGUGGCAUGCCGUCAGCUAGGCUACCCCGGGACUGCAGGCUAUGCAGCAGAGGGUCUAGGUAGUGAUCCUAUCUGGUUAGAUCAGUUGAUGUGUAGCAGGGAGGAAGAAUCUCUAGAGGAAUGUCAAUCUGAUGGAUGGGGUGUUCAUGAUUGCUCUCAUGCUGAAGAUGUCAAACUAUCCUGCUUCACUGAUGCAAGCAUUCAGCUUCAGCUUGGCGGGGACGGGGCAACCGCCUCUUCGGGUCGUGUGGAGGUCUUGUUUGACGGUGUCUGGGGCACCAUCUGUGAUGAUGACUUUGGUUUGCAGGAUGCUGAUGUCAUCUGUCGACAGCUUGGGUUCGACAGGGCCGUGGACAUUGCAGGUGAAGGCAACUCGUUUGGACCUGGCGGAGAAAGCUCCCCAAUCUACUUUGAUGACUUGGCUUGUGAUGGAACUGAAGAGAGUUUGAUCUAUUGUCAGUUCCCUGGACUGAAGAUCACUAACUGUCAACACUCUGAAGAUGUAGCGGUGACCUGCCUUUCAGAGGACCAACUCGUGCCCUCAGAGGUCAUUCCCAAGUUGGACUCUGACGAAGGUGAGGUGCGCCUCGUUGGCGGCUCAACAGACUCUGAAGGACGAGUUGAGAUCUUCCACAAUGGUCGCUGGGGGACAGUAUGUGAUGAUUACUGGGACCUGACCGAUGCAAACGUUGUCUGCAAACAGCUUGGCUUCAUCAAGGCUAUCCAGGCAGUAGGAUCAGCUCGAAUGGGGCAGGGGGUUGACCCGAUCUUCUUAGACGAUGUUAAAUGUACCGGAUUAGAGCAAGGGUUAGCAGAGUGUGAUUCUGCUGGUUGGGAAAUCACUAAUUGUGGACAUUCUGAGGAUGCUGGGGUCAUCUGUGCAGCAGCCACGGAGGGUGAGCUUCGACUACGCAACGGUGAGGCACCCAACAAGGGGAGAAUAGAAGUCUUCCAUGACAAUCACUGGGGGACCAUAUGCAAUGGCAAUUUCGAUUUGGAAAGCGCCAAUGUGGUCUGUAGGCAACUGGGUUAUCCUGGCGCUGCUGAAGUGAAGAACAUGGCAUACUUUGGGGCAGGCACUGGCCCCUCCCACAUGCUUGAGGUGGAUUGUUUAGGAACGGAGUUAAGAUUGAUUGACUGUAGUGCUGCUGAUUGGAUUGAGGAGAGCUGUGGACACGAACAAGAUGUCGGAGUGGUCUGUAACUCAAUUGCGGAUGGAACGGUGCGCCUGGUUGCAGGGACCUAUGGCCCACAUGAAGGGCGUGUGGAGAUUUAUCACGAUGACCAAUGGGGAACAGUCUGUGAUGAUAGCUGGGACAUCAACGAUGGAAAUGUCGUCUGCCGUAAUUUGGGUUACGCUGGUGCUAAGGAAGUGAAGGGGUUGGCGUUCUUCCAACAAGGUAUCGAUCCGACAUGGAUGGAUCAAGUAAACUGUGCCGGAGAUGAAGCUUUAUUGGCUGAAUGUCUUUUCGACGGUUGGGGAAUCAACGAUUGCUCACAUGCCGAAGAUGCUGGAGUUGUGUGUAAUAUUGAAUCAAACAACGAGGGUGACAUUCGACUGAGUGGAGGAUCAUUGACGAGCGAGGGUAGAGUUGAGAUGUUUCUGAACGGACAAUGGGGAACGAUCUGCAACAAUGAAUGGGAUGAUGCCGAUGCGUUGGUCACCUGCUUGCAGCUGGGAUAUAUCUCUGCUGCAAAGGCAACCAUUGGCUCCUCCUACAACGUCGGUGAGACGCUGCCCAUACACCUUGACAUGGUUCGCUGUUUUGGAGGCGAGGAGCGUCUUGUUGAAUGUGUUCAUAGCACCACAAGUCUGAAUUGUUCCCCGGAGCAGAGUGCAGGAGUUCAGUGCACCACGGAGCCCUAAUACACUGGUUCUCUAAAAACACGGUGCCGCAAUAACUCUAAAUACUUGACAUUGAAAAGGCUUACUGAUUAAUUUUGUUACAACAAAUAGAAUAUCUGAUUUUAUGGCUAAAAGUGCCUCAAAUACUUCAUUAUAUCAUGACUACUCGCAGCUAAUAUUUGUAACAUCUUCAGCCCCUGUUCAAAUACAAUGGCUCGUUCUAAAAUCAAUGCUUUACCAUUCUAUCAAAAACUAAAAUUUGCUUUUAGUGAAAACGUUGACUCCCAAAUCUGUUCUGGCCUGGAUUCGUUAAUCAGGCCAUCAGACAACUGUGCUUUGACCAAUCAGGUAAGUGCUAUUUUUGGGCGGGGCUUAGUGAGUAGCCUAUUGUUGGACUGAUUUUUGCUAAGAUACUGUUUUGGUGGCCUAAAGUUAUGAGUGUUUUGUUUGGUCAUAGUAUCAUUUUUGUUUCUAACCUAGCAGGAUUUCUAGCUAACGGAAGAAAUGUCUGUUUUGUUUUCUUUUGGCUUUUCAUAUAAUCAAGUAUCAAGUUCUUCUCAUCUUCUUCUGAUUUAUGUUCUUUCUUUGCCUUGAAAAAUCUGUUAAAAUCAUUUUAUAAAAAGCCAUGUGUAGGUCAGUUAUUGUACUAAAAAUUGAAACUGUUCCAGUUUUCUCACAGACCUUCUUGCAUGCCUGUAAGACAUAUUGUAAGACGUAUUGUACUUGACAUAUUUUCUGUUUUAAUGCAGUUUAUGCAAAUCCAAGUGUUUGAGAAUCCACAACAAAUAUUUUUUGAAUACUUUAUGACAGGUUUUGUUCAAACAGUGAAAUGUACGUCCAUAUUUUAAUAGAUAGAUAAUAGAUUAGAUUUCUUUAAAGAUGUUUACAAAUGUUUAAAAAAGCAAAAUUUUAUUUUGAAGGACAGUUUGUCCACAAAAAAAAUAAAUGAAAUGUACACAUUCUCUUGAGAUUGUGAAUUAA